GUUCAUUUGGGGUCGAGCUGAGUCGGUGUCAGACUACCAAGUCCGACUGAUAGCGACUGUAAAUGAUGAAAUGGCUCAGGAAUUUGAAGCAAAUGUUGUAAGACAUGUAUUUGACGAUGAAGAAGAAAUCUUUUUAGCCAAUGUAAUUGACUUCGAGGAGGGAAGAUACUUUAUAAAGACAGAGUUUCAUGAGAAGUUUGUGGAGGCAAUAAAGGAUAACAGAGCAAAAAAGACUACCUGGAUCUAUUUGAAUGGAAUUGAAGGUUUGGGGAAGACAUCAUCAGCGAUUUACUAUGUUUUAAAGUGUCGAGAAAAUGAUGACCUCUCUGUUCAUUAUGUUGAUGUAAAGGAAAUUGAAAAGCGAGAUGAAGAUUUGGAAUUUUUCAUCGCUUAUUCAAAAAAGUUAAAAAAAAAUGACUGUAUUAUUGUUGAUCAUUUAACUCUCUAUAAUACACAUUAUCUAAACAAGAUGAAAAAGAUUGUGGAACGACAAGUUAAAAACCCAAAGUUUAUUCUCAUUGAAACAGGCUUCACUGCAAGUGCACAUAAAUUUACUGAAUUUGGAAGAAAAUUUCAGCUUGAUGAGGACUCUUUUGUAAACAUUUGGAAGGGGUCCUUGGAAUAUUUGAUAUCGAAAAAAGAUAGGGAGGAUAAGAGUUAUGAGCAUAGACUUAGUCUAAAGGAAAAAGGAAAGGAAGUGUAUAAUGAGUUUUCAAAGGAAUACAUAAUGACUCCCAGAUUAUUGAACAGCGUGUUAGAGGAUAUGUACACAAGAACAGAUGGAACAGUUGAAGAUGCUUUUGCACAGUACACAAAAGAAAAACAACAUAAAAUCAUAAAUUGUAAAAGUUGUGAAAGUCGUGAGUAUUCCAAGUUUCAGCUUCAUACUGCUGUUCUUCUCAAUUUUAUUGCAAACAAAAGUGAAAUCAUCAUGAAAUGGGAAGAGGCACAGGAAUUUAGGAUAGGGAUCAACAUAUUUGAAGUUCAGCAUUACAAAAUCCAAGCUGAGGAUGUACAAGGUAACCUUGAGUAUGCAAGGAUGGAUUUGGAUGUUGGUGAUGUUUGUGUAAAAAUUCGACAUUUAAUUCCAAACUUGGCAAACUGUUGGCGAGAAAGGUUUCCGUAUCAUUUGGAAGAGAUGAUUCACAAUGCAAAAAUUAGUUCUGAUAAAAUUUUGCAGAUUAUGUUUCAGAAUGGUGGAGCUAGAAAGGAGUUUGAAAAAUUGUUUGUUGAGUCUCAAAAACAGCAGGAAGUAGUACUUCUGCCGGAAAAUGGUGGUAAUACGUUGUAUCAGCCAUCACAGACAAAACAAGAAGUGUCACAAUCAUCUUUGAAAAUGAAACUUAUUCCUGCUAAAAACUUCUUUGAAUGUGACGCAAAAGACCUGUCUUUGCACCAUCAAGAUGUACCGGACGAUCUGAAAGGUCAUGAAAGAAAUAUUGCCUUAUUUUCUCUUUUUAUUAAACACUAUGCAGGGUCAGUUGAUAGAUUUUUGGUAUAUCCACAAGUGCCAAAUUUUAUGGGAAUAGAUUACUUUGUCUAUUAUACUGACUCUGGUGAAGAAAAGGAAGGGUGUUCGUCACCUAAAAGGGUCAAAGUUCAGGAAAAAACAUUGUACCUUGUUCAAGUGGCAACUGGUGCUAUGCAUCGAGGUGAUACAAUUGGUCAAGCUUUGAAUGUGGUGAAACAAAUUUUUGUGAAUGAAAAUGUUGCAGUUCAUGCUGUUGUUAUUGUUGCAAGUAAGAACAAAGAAUCCUUUACAUUGACAAAGUGUGCAUUUGAAAGGAUUUCUGUGCUGAACUUAGAUGGAACUGAAAAAAUGCUUCUACAGCACAACAGCCUCCUGCAUCAGUUUUACUUGGAACUUAUCAAAGUAGCUCAUUAGCUGAUGAUGAUAAUUUUUGGGAGGGAAUUCAGAAGUUCGAAAAUAGAGUCCAUCGUAUUCCACCAACUUGGUUUGCUUUUUUGUCAUCUUUUAUCAACAAUUGAACACAAUACAAGACUCUUCUUUCUGAUCAGAUAUCUUCUGAACAGUUUGUGAUUUUUUCUUUCAUAUGAGAGGUAUUGUGAAUAUCUUUUAGAUGUUUAAAAUUUAUCAAGAUGAGAUGCACUGAUGUAGCUGUUCUAGAGUGCCUAAAUGGGAAACGUUAUUUGACUUUUUAAGGUGGUAUGGGACACUUCCAUAUUGUGACGUACUAUUUAUUUUGGUACUAUUUAUCAAAAUAAACAAUGAAAUUGAGUGUAAUUUUCUACCGGUAAAUAUUUUCUUUUCCAAAAUUGUCAUCGAACAGCGUAACGCAAUAGGUUAGAGCGUUCACUACAAAUCUGUAAGUCAUGAGUUCGAACCCCAUAUAGGAUUGUAAAUUAUUUACCUUUACAAAAGUCUUAGGGCCUCUCUCUUCGGGCGCCCAAUAGUGAUCAAUCUGUGUCCAUCCGUCCGUUUAUCCGAGAUCUCUUCUCCUGAGAAUAACUUCUCUCCCCUUGGCCCAAUCUGGCUCAUACCAGAGAUUGUCUUUGAGUAAAAGGAUAUGCAGUGACUUUGAACCAUGUCUAAGAUUAAUGAUGUUUGUAGGUCAAGUGUCAAGGUCAUAUUGGGAUCACACAAAAAUCCUUUUUCAAGAGCAUACAUGUUUAUACUCUCCACAUAGCCCUGACUUUGAUCCAAGGCAUUGUGAAGGUCAUAUCAGAGAUCAGUUUUAGACUGUAGUUUUAACCCCCAUUUGCUUAAUCUUGCUCAGACUGAACAAAAAAGCCUGUGUGUAUGUACAUAUGUAAGGGGUAAUUAGAUUGAAUGUCAGCAGGAAAAUUUCUAAGUUAUAGGUCAAGGUCAAAGCAAAAUUCUCCGAAAUACUUUACAUUUUAUUGGCUGUUAUUUAAGGGGGCCCUAAAUGGUCACCAUCUCAAUGUUGUCUAGUUUAAAUAUAUUUUUUGGUCAAUUAUUGUAAAAUUUGAAAAUUGGUGAAAGUAUUUUUGAUUAUAAUGUAACUUUUAUUCACAUUAAUAUUGACAGAUGUCCCAUACCACCUUAACAAGAAUCAAAUACAGAGUACAUGUACUUUAUGCAUGAAAAUUUUUAACGUUCAAUCUGUCAAAACAGAUAAUUGUUAAAAAAUUUUAAAGGUAGAAAAAGAUUGUUAUAUUUUUUUUUAGCUCAAGUGAGCUUUUCUGAUCACAUUUUUUCUGUCGUCUGUCUGUCUGUCUGUCCGUCUGUAAACUUUUCACAUUUUCAACAUCUUCUCCAGAACCACUGGGCCAAUUUCAACCAAACUUGGCACAAAGCACCCUUAGGCAAAGGUGAUUCAAUGUUGUGAAAAUUAAGGACCACACCCUUUUACAAGAGGAGAUAAUUAGGAAUUAUUGAAAAAAAAAAUUGAGAAAUUUUCAUAAAUCUUCUUCUCAAGAACCAUUUGGCCAGGAAAGCUGAAAGGUAUGUGGAAGCAUCCUCAGGUAGUGUAGAUUUAAAGUUGUGAAAAUCAUGACCCCCGGGAAUAGGUUGGGGCCACAAUUGGGGGGGGGGGUCAAAAUUUUACAUAGGAAUAUAUAGAGUAAAUCUUUAAAAAUCUUCUUCUCAAAAACCAAUCAGCCAGCAAAGCUGAAACUUAUGUGCAAGCAUCCUAAGGUAGUGUAGAUUCAAAGUUGUGAAAAUCAUGACUCGGGGUAGGGUGGGGCCACACUGGGGGGUCGAAUUUUUACAUAGGAAUAAAUAGAGAAAUGUCUUUAAAAAUCUUAUCAUCAGAAACCAAUUGGCCAGAAAAGCAAAAACUUGUGUGGAAGCAUCCUCAGGUAGUGUAAAUUCAAGUGUAUUCAAAUCAUGAUCCCUGGGGGUAGGACGGGGUCACAAGGGGGGGGGGGACAAGUUUUUACAUUGGAAUAUAUAGAGAAAAAUCUUUAAAAAUCUUCUUUUUAGAAAAGCUGUAACUUUAGUGAAAGCAACUUCAGAUAGUGUAGAUUCAAAUUGGUUAGAAUCAAAAUCUUGAGAAGUAGGUCAGGGUCACAUUUUGGGUCCAAUUGUACAAAGGAAAACAUUUUAAUUAUUCACAAAUACUGAAAUGUUAUCAGAUAUGGUUUUUCUAAUAUGCAAGCAUUUUGACAUAUUGCUCAUUCCUUAAAAUUGUUUAGACUCAGAGUUUGAUGUAGGUUUAUAUCCCACAUAUUAACAAUUAUUUAGGAUCUUUUUUAGAACUGCAAUGCUCAACAUGUGAUAUUACUAUAAAAUCAUCCUGUUAGAAAAGGGACUUGAUUAUAAUCGGGGGGGGGAUAGAUUUUUAAAUAUACAGGAUCUACAUGUAUUAUACCACAUUCUCUAGAUAUUUUGUAUUAUGACUCCAAUAAGCUGAUUUGAUCACGCCUAUUGUUGCACAGGUGAGCGAUGUGGCCCUUGGGCCCUUGUUCAUUUGAUUCUCUUUAAUAUCAUCAAUGAAGUCAUGUGAAAGCAGUUGAAAUACUUGCUGUUACUUAUUUGAGAAAAAAUAUGAUAUGCACAUACAAUGUAUAAAUAUGUAUUGCUUUUAUUUCAAAUAUGCACACUUAUUUUUUAGCAUUUUCCCAGUCUCCCCCCCCCCCCUCCACUAAUAUUAAGCAUAAUUAUUUGUACAUACUGCUGUUUAUACAAUGCACUUUUGUAUUUUAGCUCACCUUAGCUGAAUGCUCUAGUGAGCUUUUCGGAUCACCUUUUCUUCUUGUGUCCAUCUGUUUGCAUACCCUAAUGUAUUGGCAACUUCUCUAUGGAACAACUGGUGUAGUUACUAGUAAUCAACCAAAUUUUGAACAAAGGUUUUUUUGUGAAAGGCUUUUAUGUUUUCAAAUGAAGGACCAGUCCUAGGAAAGAAAAUUAAGUUAAAAUGAUAAACCUAUUUUGACUGUUUGGAAAAGUGCCUAUAAAGAAAAUGUGGAAGAUAAUUUUUAGACAAUUGUGGAAAUUAAUGUGAUAGCAAGUUGUGGAAAUUAAUGUGAUAGCAAGUUACUUGUUUUGUAUAAUUGUAUUUCAAUUUUACCUGUCUAAUUUCUUUUGAAGCAAAUUUAAGUUGUACUGACAUUAUAAGCUUUUAAAAAGGUGUUUCCCAUCUAAUCAUACCAUUCACUUAAAGCGUAGGAAUACCCUUAUUUUGGCAAAACAGGAAGCAAAAUAAAACGAAGAAGUAUUUAAAGAAUGCAAAUAUAAAUUUUACAAUAAAUGUUGUAAUAGUUUGUAUGGAAAUAAUGUGUGUUUAGACAUGCCAGUGUAUUUUAUAUUACAUAAAUAGUAAAGCUAGUAAGCAGUAUGUUUAAAGACUUUUUUUUUUUCAUACAUAACGAAUUUUUUUUACUGAGAACAUUCCAAAAACCUUAACCUCCUCCAGCAUCUGAAAUUCAUGGCCCAGAUUCAGCAUCCAAGUCUUUCAAGUCCAUAAGUAGGUCCAGAUGCAUCAUCCAUGCAAGUUGGUGAAGAUAGGACAAGUAAUUACUUAGAUACAUAUCCUGCACCAAAAACUUUAACCAGGUUAGGACACCAAGGUAUAGCAUAAACUCCCCCUGACUUUGUUUCGUGAGCUAAAAAUGUAUGUGAAAAUUCAAACACAGAGAAACUACUUGCCAUGCGAAAUUACUUUGGUUGUUUUGAAUAAUUAUCAGGUGAAAAUGUUUGGAGCAGGUGCCCUUUGAUGGCUAUAUCUAAGCUACUGCUGGUAUUUCUUAACCAUGCUUGCAUGGAUGGUGUGUCUUAUGAUACUAUGCACUUGACAGACUUGAUUGCUGAAUCUGAGCCAUAAGUUUUGGAUGCUGGAUGAGGUUAAGGUUUUUGGAGCUGGUUAAAGUUUUUGGAGCAGGUGCCCUUUGAUGACCACAUCUUAGUUACUACAGGUCCAAAUCUGGCCAUACUUGCUUGGAUGGCAUGUGUUUUGAUACUGAUGCACUUGACAGGCUUGAAUGCUGAAUCUGACCCAUAGGUUUUGAUGCUGGAUGAGGCUAAUGUUUUGGAGCUGUCACAUGUUUAUGUAAAUAAUAGUACUUAUUCAAACUUGCAUGGUUGAUUUAACUAUGUAAAUGAAUUACGGAGGAAGCUUCAAAUACAGAAAGUGAUCUUGAUUUUGUAGAUACUUGGGCAGGUUUAACAUUUUAUAACAACUAAAGUUGUGUUAGGGUCUUGGAGAUGGUUACAAUUUGAAGUAAAUUCUAUUCAUACUUAGACUUAAACACUUAAUUAACUAUGGGUGUGUAAAUAGAGGUAGCUUCAGAUGCAGAGCUUGAUCUCGAUUAUCUUGAAGCUUGAGGAAGUGCAAGUUUUUCAAGUCGUUAAAUACAGGUUCGAUUGUUAAAAAAAAUUGUCCUGACUAACUUUCAUGGUUCAUUUAACUUUGGAUAUGAGGCUAGCUUCAGAUACAGGGCCUGAUCUCCAUUAUCAAGGAUGCUAAGGAAACAUUGUCCUAAAUCACUCAAACUUGCUUAAUUGAUAGAUGUGAUUGUUGAUAUAUAUGAUAUAUAUUAUCAUGAUUCCUAUUCCUAUGAUAUGAUAUAUUUUAUCAUAUUAUAUGAUGUUGUAGAAUAUAAUAUGAUAUUGUAUCUUUUAAUGUAUAAUACCAUAUGAUAUGAUGUUUUAUUAUAUACCCAUCAAUUUUCCCUUCUUGAUACUGACAAUUUUACAGAGUGUGAUCCGAUUUUCCGGAUCACCACUCUGUCGGUUUCCGAUUCCGUAUCGCCACUCUCUGAAACUGAUGACGUGGUACGCAUUAAAGUGGAUUUCCAUUACACACAUAACACAUCAAAGGAAAAGUUUUCCUUUUGUGAAAACAGUUGCUUGAACAUGGGACUCGCAAGUUAUCUACAAUUAAAGUAGUAGUGACAACAGUCAAUACAUUUUUAGAGUUAAACUUCUGAAAACUUACAUAUGUUGUGUGUUUUUAGCUCACCUGAGCUGAAAGCUCAAGUGAGCUUUUCUGAUCACUUUUUGUCCGGCGUCAGUCUGUCCAUCCGUCUGUCUGUCUGUCCGUCCGUAAACUUUUUACAUUUUCGACUUCUUCUCCAGAACCACUGGGCCGAUUUCAACCAAACUUGGCACAAAGCAUCCUUAGGUAAAGGGGAUUUAAGUUUGUUAAAAUGAAGGGCCACGCCCUCUUUCAAGGGGAGAUAAUAAAAAAUCAUUGAAAAUUUGUUGGUAUUUUUCAAAAAUCUUCUUCUCAAAAACCAUUUGGCCAGAAAAGCUAAAACUUGUGUGAAAGCAUCCUCAGGAAGUCUAGAUUCAAGUUUGUUCAAAUCAUGA